AUGACUACCCAGGUGUUGAUAGCCCACACGGGCCAGCGGUUGCAGGUUGUCGACACGACUCCGUUCUCUUCACUUGAUGAGUUCAAGAGCUGGGUGGCCCGCCAGACAUCUAUACCCUCCCACCAGCUCGUCGCCUUGACGGGACAGGGCAAGACUGUCAAGGUGGCGAGGCUGCACCAGGAGGGCGAAGUCUACGUCUAUGAUCUCAGAGUCACAUCAGCCACGCCUGGCUCUGCCGAGUCUCUCGUCUCCGAAGUCCCCGCCCCGAAACGAUAUGCUGUUCCCAAGGCCCCCGACUACAUCGACAACAGCCAUGACAUGGCGGCGUGGCAGACGCUGUGCCGCGAGCGGCAAGCUUGGGCGUUGGGCCUCGCUGCUGACGCGGCGCGCAUGGAGGAGACGACGCGCGAACGCUACAGCGAGAUGGACAUCAUGAUCAAGUGCCUCGACGCAGCCGUCGCCAACCUUGAACUCAGCAUCAAGAAGAUCGAGCCCCAAUAUGCUGAGCUGAAGAAAUACGUCAAACCAGCAUUGGAGGAACAUACCCAGCUGGCAAGCAACUGGGAGCAGUACCUGAAUCUCGCGAAGAAUGUCCCCAUUUCGGCAGCCAUGGUCAACUUCAUGACGUCCAAGGAUGUCAAGAAGAAACAAGCAACGCUGGAUGACUUGCUGCAGCUGGACACGGUGAAAAAGGCGGGUUCGCUGGCGGCUACAUCAGAAAAGAAGUUUGCGCGGAAAGCCAGCGACCUGGACAAGGCCGUCGACACGAUGUACCAAGGGCUGGAACAUCUGAUUGGUGAGUUCGAAAACCUGGUGAGCCGCUCGGCUUUGUCGCACAGCGAGGAGGCCGGGCAGCUUCUUCAGGACAUUGAGGCUGUCGUGGGCAAGAUUGAUACGGAUGCCCAAAUUGUCCAAGAGUACGGCCAGCGCGACCUUGCGCAAGCCUCCAAAACGGCACAAAACCAGACGGAACGACUCAUCCCAAGUUUGAGGAAACGAGCGAAAGAGAUGGACGACAUGCUUGCGUAUGCCACGUCUGCGCGCAACACCAUUGCGGCGGACGCCGUCGACUUCAUGCGUACGAUCAACGAUAUCUCAAACCUACAUGGCAACGUUAAGACCCAGUGCCAAAAUCUCCGCGAGUCCGAUGAGGAUAUGACAACGUUUGACUACCUUCGCCUGAUACACCAAUUGCCGUAUAUGUAUUCCUCGUUUGUUGGCGAAGCCAUUCGGCGACGAGAGUGGACGGAGAAGGUGAAAACCGACUCUUCAACCUUGGCCAACGAGAUGGCACUCUUCCAAGACGAGGAGUCGAAACGUCGGAAAAAGUGGCAGAAGAGUAUCGGCAGUACAUAUGGGCCUGACAGCUUCAGCAAUACCAUCUUGGGAUUAGAGGUGAACCUGCUAGGCGAGGAAGAGGAGUGGCCAGUCAUGGCGAAGCCCGACCUAGAGGAGUUUCUCGGGCACCUCAAGCAGCAGCAGACUGAAAGCGCAUUACUAGAAGAGGUACAGGAGCUUGUGAACGAGCUCAAUGCGCCGACAAAGCAGCAGUCGAAACGCGUCAAGGCUUUCAAGAACGGAAGUGUUCACGAGGCAGCACUGGGUAGGAGUGGCUUGAUGAUUCGCGGCGAUGAUGACUUGCUCCGGACGUUGCAAGAAGACAAGAUGAAGCUCGAGAACAGGCUCAAGACAGCCGAAAGUAGAGUCAGGCGUCUCGAGGAUCUUCUUCAUCGAGGUCAGGCAACACGUCCAGGCCUAGGGUCUCUGUUCGGACACGACCGCAACGACUCUACGGCUUCGAUCAAGUCGACCCCUAUGUCCGAGGAGCGGCGCCAUUCGUCGGCGGGUACAGACAUACUGCAACAGAGGAUACAGCAGCUUGAAACGGACGUCGCCGCCGAAAGGGAACGCUCUACAGUGUUGGAGAAAGACCUCCUCGCCCAGAUGACGCAGCACAAGGACACCCAGGGUCAGAUGGAGGAGGCCAACAUUACGAAGAAGGACCUGCUUGGAAACAUGGAGGCACUCAAACGAGAAUUUGUCGAGGAGCGUAAGUCGCUCGAAGACGAAAUUAAGACCCUGAAAGCUCGCAUCGAAGACAACGAAGAUGAAAUGGAAAACUUUGGCGAGUCCAGGGAGAAUGAGAAGGCAACAUAUGAUGGCCGUGUCUCAGCGCUUGACCAGGAGAUCGAGAGGCUCCGCAAGGAACAGAAGGAUGAGGCACUGAAGGCUCAAGGCCAAGUCGAAUUUCUUCGCAACGAAGCUAGACUACAGCGCGAGCAAAAUGAAAGCCUCGAGAUGCAGCUUCAAGCAGUGCUUGACGAGAACAGGACGGUCUUGGCAGAGCUCGACAUCUCGAGGGAGUCAAGCAGCUCUCAACGCAAGGCACUACGAAGCCUUCAUGAGCAGCUUGCUCCGAAUGACAGGCUCCCUGAAGACAUGCUCGAUCUGAUCGACGCCACGCUGGCGCGGUCAGCUGAAGUUGUCGCCAGACUGCAGUCUUCAGAUAACGACAAGGCUGUUCUCAAAUCCAACACUGAGAAACUACAUGAAGAGCUCACAACUCUCAAGGAUGAGCUCGCCGAGUCUCAGAAACAAGUGGCCACGAAAGAAGAGUCAGCUAUGCACCUUCGAGAAAGCCUGGACGAAGAGAGAGCCAAAGUCAGUGCUCUUGAGAAAGAUGCCGCUGGCGCUCGGAGUCAGCUGGACCAACUUCGUGCCAAAAUUGCACACGGCGAGACUGGCUCAGAGAGCUUGCGGAAGCAACUGGACGAAGUUGAGCAGAAUGCCAGAACCAUCGGCGAAGAACUUGCUUCCAAGCAAUCACAGGUGGGCAGCCUCGAAGAGAAGCUUCACAUGUUUCCGCGAAAAGCUCCAGGUGUCACAGGAUCAUCACUCGGCGCUGACAGGAAGAUUUGA